UUGAUCCUCCACCAUGGUAACUGUGUGUGUGUGUGUGUGUGUGUGUGUGUGUGUUAGCUGGUUCGAUGGGCUCUGGAGAUCACAGACGCAGCCUAGUGGAGAUCCUGAGGCAGGGCUAUGAGGGGCCGGAGGAGGAGUCCAGGGCCCUAGUGGAACUGGAGAAGAGCCUAGCGGCCGCCCAAUGAGGAUGGCUGCACGCCCCCACACUGGCAGUGAGAUGCCCCUGGAGGAGCUGCUGGCGCUGUAUGGCUACGAGGUGUCUGACCCCCUCCUACAGCAGGACAGGGAGCCCAAUGAGCUGUCAGCCAGUCUGCCUGACAUGACACUGGACAAGGACCAGAUAGCUAAGGAUCUGUUCUCAGGAGAAGAUGAAGAGGAGUCAUCAGCUGAUGACCUCACUCCCUCUGUCACCUCCCAUGCCUCCGACCUCCUCCGCCGCCACCUAAGAGCCCAUUCCCUGGCAAGUGGAGACAAAGGCACCUUAGUCAGCACCUCAGAAGAAGAUUCAGACAAUGAUGACGACACCUCCAUUCCCUCCAACGAUGGACGCAAGGACAUCAUGGUGGGCUCAAUGUACCAAGCCAAAAUCCCUACUCUCAGCCUAUACUCAGACCAGGAGAGAGUCUAUGAGAAUGAGGACCAGCUCCUGUGGACCCCAGACAUGCUGUCAGGCCAGGCUGUAGAGGAGUUCUUACUGAGUGCCCAGAGAUGGGGAGGCCAGGAGGGCACUAAAGACACCCUUAUCACUGGGGACAUAAUCAAAGACAAUGAUCAGGUUCUGUAUGAGCUGGUGAAAUGCAGCUUCAAUGCAGAGGAGGCACUGAGAAGACUGCGCUUUAAUGUGAAAGUAUUCAGCGAGGAGCUGUGUGCCUGGAGCGAGGAGGAGUGUCGAAACUUUGAACAUGGCUAUCGAGUUCAUGGGAAGAACUUCCACCUCAUUCAGGCCAAUAAGGUACGCACACGGUCGGUGGGGGAGUGUGUGGAGUAUUACUACAUGUGGAAGAAGUCGGACCGCCAUGAGUACUUUACCCAGCAGACCACCAAGCUGGGUCGCAAGAAGUACAGUCUGCAGUCAGGGAACAUGGAGGAUGGUGAGCAGGAUGGAGAGCAGGAUGGAGAGGUUGGGGAGAUGGAGGGGUGCUCCCAGAUUGAGCCCCACUCACCCCCACCAGUCAUGGACCUGGACAAGCAAGAGGAGGAGGGCCGACCUCGUCGCAGACGAACGCCCCGCUUUCUCUUAAAGCCCUGAGCUCACUACACACAGGCCACUCUAAUCAGGCAGGGCCACCAGAUGCUGAAUUGCGGAUGGAGGUUUUGGAGCUGUGUGGUGCUCCUUGUCCCAGCCCAAGCCCACAGAGGGAGCAGCUGUUCAGCCACUUAUCUCCACUCCCCUC